AUGAGCUUGGAUGUCAGCUCACACCAUGAUGUGAACGUUCCUGAUGAAGCAAACCUUGGAGAGAAGAUGUCUGAUGAGAAGAUGUCUGAUGUGAAGUUUAUUGGUGAUCAAGUUUCUGGUGUGAAGAUUCCUGGUGUGAAGACUCUUGGUGGUCAAGUUCCUGGUGUGAAGAUUCCUGGUGCACAAAUUCCUGGUAUUGAUAUGCCUGGCAUGGUGACAUCUGGUGUGAAGAUUCCUGGUGUGAAGACUCUUGGUGGUCAAGUUCCUGGUGUGAAGAUUCCUGGUGCACAAAUUCCUGGUAUUGAUAUGCCUGGCAUGGUGACAUCUGGUGUGAAGAUUCCUGGUGUGAAGACUCUUGGUGGUCAAGUUCCUGGUGUGAAGAUUCCUGGUGCACAAAUUCCUGGUAUUGAUAUGCCUCGCAUGGUGACAUCUGGUGUGAAGAUUCCUGGUGUGAAGACUCUUGGUGGUCAAGUUCCUGGUGUGAAGAUUCCUGGUGCACAAAUUCCUGGUAUUGAUAUGCCUCGCAUGGUGACAUCUGGUGUGAAGAUUCCUGGUGUGAAGACUCUUGGUGGUCAAGUUCCUGGUGUGAAGAUUCCUGGUGUACAAAUUCCUGGUAUUGAUAUGCCUCACAUGGUGACAUCUGGUGUGAAGAUUCCUGGUGUGAAGACUCUUGGUGGUCAAAUUUCUGGUGUACAAAUUCCUGGCAUGGUGACAUCUGGUGUGAAGAUUCCUGGUGUGAAGAUUCUUGGUGGUCAAGUUCCUGGUGUACAAAUUCCUGGCAUGGUGAAAUCUGGUGUGAAGAUUCUUGGUGGUCAAAUUCCUGGUGUGAAGAUUCCUGGUGCACAAAUUCCUGGUAUUGAUAUGCCUCGCAUGGUGACAUCUGGUGUGAAGAUUCCUGGUGUGAACAUUCUUCGUGGUCAAAUUUCUGGUGUACAAAUUCCUGGCAUGGUGACAUCUGGUGUGAAGAUUCCUGGUGUGAAGAUUCUUGGUGGUCAAGUUCCUGGUGUACAAAUUCCUGGCAUGGUGAAAUCUGGUGUGAAGAUUCUUGGUGGUCAAAUUCCUGGUGUGAAGAUUCCUGGUGCACAAAUUCCUGGUAUUGAUAUGCCUCGCAUGGUGACAUCUGGUGUGAAGAUUCCUGGUGUGAACAUUUUUCGUGGUCAAAUUUCUGGUGUACAAAUUCCUGGCAUGGUGACAUCUGGUGUGAAGAUUCCUGGUGUGAACAUUCUUCGUGGUCAAAUUUCUGGUGUACAAAUUCCUGGCAUGGUGAGUUCUGGUGUGAAGAUUCCUGGUGUGAAGAUUCCUGGUGUGAAGAUUCUUGGUGGUCAAGUUCCUGGUGUACAAAUUCCUGGCCUGGUGAAAUCUGGUGUGAAGAUUCUUGGUGGUCAAAUUCCUGGUGUGAAGAGUCCUGGUGCACAAAUUCCUGGUAUUGAUAUGCCUCGCAUGGUGACAUCUGGUGUGAAGAUUCCUGGUGUGAAGACUCUUGGUGGUCAAAUUUCUGGUGUACAAAUUCCUGGCAUGGUGACAUCUGGUGUGAAGAUUCCUGGUGUGAACAUUCUUCGUGGUCAAAUUUCUGGUGUACAAAUUCCUGGCAUGGUGAGUUCUGGUGUGAAGAUUCCUGGUGUGAAGAUUCCUGGUAUGAAGAUUCUUGGUGGUCAAGUUCCUGGUGUACAAAUUCCUGGCCUGGUGAAAUCUGGUGUGAAGAUUCUUGGUGGUCAAAUUCCUGGUGUGAAGAUUCCUGGUGCACAAAUUCCUGGUAUUGAUAUGCCUCGCAUUGUGACAUCUGGUGUGAAGAUUCCUGGUGUGAACAUUCUUCGUGGUCAAAUUCCUGGUGUACAAAUUCCUGGCAUGGUGACAUCUGGUGUGAAGAUUCCUGGUGUGAACAUUCUUCGUGGUCAAAUUUCUGGUGUACAAAUUCCUGGCAUGGUGAAAUCUGGUGUGAAGAUUCCUGGUGUGAAGAUUCUUGGUGGUCAAAUUCCUGGUGUACAAAUUCCUGGCAUGGUGAAAUUUGGUGUGAAGAUUCCUAGUGUGAACAUUCUUCGUGGUCAAAUUUCUGGUGUACAAAUUCCUGGCAUGGUGAGUUCUGGUGUGAAGAUUCCUGGUGUGAAGAUUCCUGGUGUGAAGAUUCUUGGUGGUCAAGUUCCUGGUGUACAAAUUCCUGGCCUGGUGAAAUCUGGUGUGAAGAUUCUUGGUGGUCAAAUUCCUGGUGUGAAGAUUCCUGGUGCACAAAUUCCUGGUAUUGUUAUGCCUGGCAUGGUGACAUCUGGUGUGAAGAUUCCUGGUGUGAAGAUUCUUGGUGGUCAAGUUCCUGGUGUACAAAUUCCUGGCCUGGUGAAAUCUGGUGUGAAGAUUCUUGGUGGUCAAAUUCCUGGUGUGAAGAUUCCUGGUGCACAAAUUCCUGGUAUUGUUAUGCCUGGCAUGGUGACAUCUGGUGUGAAGAUUCCUGGUGUGAACAUUCUUCGUGGUCAAAUUUCUGGUGUACAAAUUUCUGGCAUGGUGAAAUCUGGUGUGAAGAUUCCUGGUCUGAUGUUUCCUAGUAUGACAUUAUUUAAUGUGAACACGCCUUUUGCAACGCUUCCUGCUAUGUUGUUAUUCAAUCGGCAGACUCCCAGCAUGGCCAAUCUCAGGUUGUGGUUACCUGAUAUGAUGAGACCUGCUGGUGAGAGGUUCCCAGGCACAGACUUGGUUUUGGCUGGAACAUACCUGGUGUGCAGUUUCCUGGUUUUGGCUUCCCUGGCAGGAACAUACCUGGUGUGCAGUUUCCUGGUUUUGGCUUCCCUGGCAGGAACAUACCUGGUGUGCAGUUUCCUGGUUUUGGCUUCCCUGGCAGGAACAUACCUGGUGUGCAGUUUCCUGGUUUUGGCUUCCCUGGCAGGAACAUACCUGGUGUGCAGUUUCCUGGUUUUGGCUUCCCUGGCAGGAACAUACCUGGUGUGCAGUUUCCUGGUUUUGGCUUCCCUGGCAGGAACAUACCUGGUGUGCAGUUUCCUGGUUUUGGCUUCCCUGGCAGGAACAUACCUGGUGUGCAGUUUCCUGGUUUUGGCUUCCCUGGCAGGAACAUACCUGGUGUGCAUUUUCCUGGUGGAAGACUCUCCUUUUGGUGGACAAACAGCAUGGAGGUUCCUGAUGGGAGAUCAGAUGUUUGGAGGAUGCCUGGUACUGGACUGGAGAAGUGGAAUGAUGGAACAUGUGAAAGUGUGAUGGCAUACCUAGAUCCAGAUGGAAAAUAUUGUUCUCUGCAAAUAACAAACGAGCAAUGUGUCAUAAAAUGUAGCCCAG